AUGGUGGCUCACAAACUCCCGGAAGGUCCUCGGCUGCCCAGGUGCGCAGCGCAGUGGGGGCUGGAACCUGAGAACCAGGAAACCAGGACUCCGACGACCCGCCUCCACGGCUGGCCCCGAGAACUCCAAGUUCAGCCAGCCCCGAGGGGGCAGAAGGCACAGGUCCCACCGUGGCUCAGCUGGCACCGGCGGCCAGCUGGGUCCCCAGGCUCCGUGGAGGCCCAUAGCCUGUCUCUUCAGACACGUCCUCCGUUCAGAGACUGUCUUCAGGACAAAGAGAAGGAAGGGGAACUUGUCUGAACAAAAGGAGUUUUCCUUCGAGCCAGGACGGCCUGGAGCCUCGCACAGCGAAGCGGCCCCUCCUCCCCUGGCAGACACCUCUCCACGGCGGGGUUCCUCCCAGAGUCUCCAUGAGGACAAAGGGCGUGCACUCCCCGGCCAGGACGCCCGAGCCUUUCCUCUGGCUGCCACGGUCCAUGCCAAGGCCCCGGGACAUGCAGAAGCUUCCCGAGGGCCCGACCCGCCACCAUGAGGCCCCACCUGCGGAGACUCGCUCACCUGGGCCGCGCUGCCCACUGGCUCCUGCUCUUGGCCGGCUUGCUCUUCCUCCUGUUCACCCUGCCCGCCUUCGUUAAGGAACCGAAUACAAAGCCCACCAGGCAUCACAGGAUACAGGACAUUAAAGAGAGGUCUUGGCCAUCACUGCAGGAGACCUCGCCCCCGGCACCCCCCGUGGAGAGGAGGGACCCCACCCACGCAGGGUCCGCGCAGGAGAGCAGCACGCUGGACACGCGCCCUGAGGCCACGGGCCACACAGAGGCCGCGGGCCACACCGAGGCCACGGGCCACACCGAGGCCACGGGCCACACGGAGGCCGCGGGCCACUCGGAGGCCGCGGGCCACACGGAGGCCACGGGCCACACGGAGACCACGAGCCACACGGAGACCACGGGCUACAUCACGGCCAGAGCACCCAGCACAGCCAGGACGGCACUGUUCAGGAGUCAGGGCACCACAGUGGGCACACCGUCCCCGAGCAGUCAGGCGGGGGGGCCGGCCCCCCCUGGGACGGAGGCACCGCGGGUUCUGGAUGCGAGGACAAGCAAAGGGAUGAGGGACAAGCAUCAGCCGCCGACAGCCACGGGGACAGCGCCGGUGCAGCCUUGGGCGCCCACGGCAGGGACGCCCAUGCUGGAAAGCCGGGCUGAGGUGCUGACCCCCACGGGAGCAGGGUCACCCACAAAGGAAACCAAAGGAGUGACCACAGAGACGGCCGCCCCACGCGCCACCCCUUCCCGGAGCCCCGUCACACAGACCACCCCCAGGCUGCGGGCCGCCAACUUCAAGGCUGAGCCCAAGUGGGACUUUGAGGAACAAUACAGCAUGGACGUGGGGGGCUUGCAGACGACCUGCCCCGACUCCGUGAAGGUGAAAGCCUCCAAGUCGCUCUGGCUCCGGCAUCUCUUCCUGCCCAACCUCACCCUCUUCCUGGACUCCAGACACUUCAACCAGAGCGAGUGGGAGCGCCUGGAGCACUUCGCCCCGCCCUUCGGCUUCAUGGAGCUCAACCGCUCCUUGGUGCAGGAGGUCGUGACACGCUUCCCUCCGGUGGCCCAGCAGCAGCUGCUCCUGGCCGGCCUCCCCGCCGGGAGCACCCAGUGCGUCAGCUGCGCCGUGGUGGGCAACGGGGGCAUCCUGAACGACUCCCACGUGGGCCAGGAGAUAGACGGCCACGACUACGUGUUCCGGUUGAGCGGCGCUGUCACUAAGGGCUACGAGCAGGACGUGGGCACUCGGACAUCCUUCUACGGCUUCACCGCCUUCUCCCUGACGCAGUCGCUCUACCAGCUGGGCAGCCGCGGCUUCCGGCACGCGCCUCUGGGGACGGACAUCCGCUACCUGCACUUCCUGGAAGGCACCCGGGACUACGAGUGGCUGGAGGCGCUGCUCCUGAACCGGACGGUCAAGGCAGGCAGCCUCUUCUGGUUCAGGCACAGGCCCCAGGUCGUCUUCCGCGAGGCCCUGCGGCUGGACCGGUACCUGCUGCUGCACCCGGACCUGCUGCGCUACAUGAAGAACAGGUUCCUGAGGUCGAGGACCCUGGACACGGCCCACUGGAGGAUAUACCGCCCCACCACCGGGGCCCUGCUGCUGCUCACCGCCCUGCAGCUCUGCGACCAGGUGAGCGCCUACGGCUUCAUCACCGAGGGCCACGAGCGCUUCUCCGACCACUACUACGACCGGUCGUGGAAAAAGACGGUCUUUUACACCAACCACGACUUCGCCCUGGAGAGGACGCUCUGGAAGCGGCUGCAUGACGAGGGGAUCAUCCGGCUGUACCAGCGCCCCCUGGCGCCCAAGCGGAAGGUCUGAUGGGCCCCUCAGGCCGGGCCAGGGAGGGAACAUCCUCUGUCCGUCUGUCCAUCUGUCCGUCUGUCCGCACCAUGAGGGACGCCCUGAGACGGCCGUGACUGGCGUUGGGAGCUUGGGAAGUGCCGGAGGUCUGUCCGGGGAUGGGGAGGACAGGGCGCCUUUCUUUUCUUUUUUCUCUUUUUUAAUCCUCACCAGAGGGCAUUUCCCGUGGGUUCUUCGGGAGAGUGGGAGAGAGAGGGAGAGACAGAGAGAAACAUCGAUGUGAGAGAAGCACAUUGGUCGGUUGCCUCCUGCAGGUGCCCUGACCAGGGCCCAGGCCCGGAGGAGUCUGCAACCGAGGUU